AUGGCUGGGGUAGCAGCCGCGUUCAUGCGUCUGAGCAGUGACAACAUUGUGCAGUAUCUCCUUGCUGAUGUGCCAAUCUUUUGUGUGGGGAUCAUGUCCCUCGGUAUAUUUACAUUCUUUCUAUUCAUGAAGCGAGCCGACGCUCUCAUCCUAUGCCUACAUCUGUCAAUCAUUGUCGCGUUCAUAUCUGCCAUCCUGGAUCUGGUCCAGCUGCUCGUGCGGGGCUCCGAGGCUGUGGACGAUGCCCUUGAUCUGACCUCCGUGACCGGGUUAAUCACCGUGCGCGAAGUGGGCUAUGCAUUGUCGUUCGGUCUGCGGUUCCUCUUCUUUUGGGGCUUUGUUGCGCAGCCUCCACCUGGCGAGGCUCGUUCGAUGGGUAAUGUUAGACAUAACGGCAGUUGGAACCGCUGGGGUGCCAUAGGCAUCGUGCUGGAGAUAUCCACAUUGGCCUUGGUCUUGGUCGACCCGGUCCUCCAAGUCAUCUACCGUGUCGUGACAUCCCUCCACAAGAUCGGUCCGUUAUACGAGGUGGAGUCAGCCAUCCAGGCUGUUUUGUCCGCUGUAUUCAUCCUGAAACUGUUGUUGAAUUCCUGGGUGAGGUGGACUGUGAACGGAGAUGUACCACCAACUCUUAAAACGAUAGGGAACUAUUCGGCCAUGAUCCUCGCACUCCUUAUCAGUGCUCUGAUUGGUAUCGGUAAUCUUGCCAUGUUCGAGUUUACAGAGACGGUACUCGGACGGUUCCUCCAGGCUGUCGAGCUGUACAUAGUCAUGGUGUACGUGCUCACGAGCGCUUUCUACCACCUACGCCGGCAAUCCUGGCACCGUGGCGCGCGCUCACCUCACGGCUCGAGAGAUGUCAAGACCCGGAGCCCUUCACCCCAGAUUACGGCUCCCGUAAUAACAUCCCCUGACCUGCUGCAAGUCGUAGGCCGCGAUGUCCAGCUUGGGAGCCGGCGUCCAUCGUUCAUGCUGCGUACGUCUGCUGCCUCCCGUGUUUCUGAAUGGCUCAACAUUCGUCGAAUCUCGGAUCGCUUAAGCGGGCAUGUAACGCCUCCUGAAGAGAUGGAGAAGGCCUCCUUGUGGAAACAAGACGAGGCGGAACGUGGCAUUCCUCCCGAAGCACGCGAUGAACCUGGAAAGGUUCCCGAUUCGGCCGUCGACGUCUAUACCCCCACCGUCAGUGUUGCGCAACCCGCCCACGGCGCGCCUUGGCGUGAUCCUCUAGAAACCACCAUACUACCAAUACUCGCCGUAGCCGAAAAAUCACCUACAAGUGCUGGGUCGCGCCAGUAUCCCGGCCAUCCGCCACUGACGUCCAAGGUUUCCAAUAGCUCGCUCAUGCGAGCGGCUGCAGAGCGGCAUCAGCAACAGCAGCAGCAGUCUGCUCAGUCUCCUGCUGCUUCUGAGAAGGUGGAGGAGGGGGUCUUAUUGAAGCAACGGCGGGCGCCGGAACUGCCGAGAUUGACGAUUCCAGAGCCCGUGCAUUCUCGCCACCCAACAAUCGACACUCAACGUCCCGCGUCAGAAGCCUCUCGGUAUAGCUCGGUAUAUGCUCCCCCUCUGACGGGCAUAACUGAAGUCAUCUCGGGCUUUGAAUUACCAGCGAAGACUACCCAGCCGCCCGCCGCUGGCCAUGUUGACUCUGGCUCCGCCCGAUCAUCAUGUAUCUCGGAGCUCAUCCGCCAGCAGGCAGAAUUGGACAAGUCGAUCGCUGCGCUGCGGUUGUUCUCACCGACUGACGAGACUCCCAACACGCGACGAUUAGCUGUUGUUGGUCAAGGACAGGAUGGGUCAGAAGCUAGGAUUACGCGUUCGACGCAGAGCGACCUGUCGUUGAGCAACUUCCCGGAGCCGCCUUGGGGGCGCGCCAGCGGGACGUCGGAGAUUGCUGUGCUGACUCCAGAGGUGCCUGCUGGAACGACUAAGAUGGGGGAAGCUGAAGCAGCCGCUGUGGCCUCUCUGCCUGAGCGACGCAUCUCCGGCGCCAUGCUCAUGGUGCCGGAUGCGAAUCCUCUUCGCGACAAGGAGAGGUCUUCAAGACUCGACAUGGAGGCUGCCAUCCUGUCCAGCAGGAACCGGGUUGACUCUGGAGGGACUCAAUACGAGAUCACGUCCUUCAUUGGUAGAUUGACGCACCCAGAUCAGUAUGAGCAGGGCUCGUUCGCGUCAUCGAUUCUCAACCGCUCGCAUGAUGGACCGCUUGUUCCCCCUCAAUUCCCUGGCUUCCGUGGCAGGACAGACAGCCUCGAGUCGGCGCGUAGUAUUCACUCUUUGGUCCAAGCUGUGACGAGCGAUAUCGUAACUGGACCACCAUCGGAUAGGAUUCCAAUUAAUGGGUCCCCGUCGCCACCUGUAGCGGCGCGGGGCUACGUUGCCCGCGACCAACGAUUCAGCAAGCGUGUCGGGUUGCCGCCGAGGCCUCGUAUAACAGCGCAGGACACGGUAGUGCCUACUUCGGAGGAUCCCGGAUUCUCGUGA